AUGGAAGCAGCAACUGAAUGGCUACUAGAGAAUACUCCCAUAACCAAGAGUGAAUGUACUACUAUCAGAGAGUCAGUGGUUGAUGGAGACACCGGCGGUUACGGUGUGUUUGUCAAUUUCACCAAAUUAAGAACACUUAAAGGAGAGAAAGACAGUAAGUUUGAACUUCUCAGGAUUCCGAGAUCUGCUACUAUAUCAAUGACAUCGAUACGAGACAUAUUGGCUAAAAGUACAUCAGAAAAUGCGGUUACUGCUUCCAUAAAGGGCCACUUGACAGCUUUCUUAAGCGAUGAAAAUCACCACGCAUUUAUCAAUGAAACGAACCUGAUAGUGAUAUAUUUGGUCCUAAAGGCUAUUCUUUCAGAUAAUAAAACUUACAAACUUACUGGAUUCGCAUCUUUUUACUUGAACGAAGUUCUUUUAAAGACUUUUGUCCCACUUCCCUGCAAUACUUUUCAAGAAGAUGCCGAUAAGUGGAACCAAUAUUACAAAGAGUACUUGAACUUUCCUCAACAACUGUUCAUUGAAAUUAUAAACCGUUUCAUAUCAGCGAGGUUUCUAGGUAUGAACUAUGAAAAAUUAAUAUCCACUGUUUAUUGUAGUGUUAUCUCCAGAAUAUUGGAGAUACCCGAAUCCUCCGGAGAGGAUACUGAUGAUUUUUUUGUCAGCCCAACUUUGGUCCCGUUAUUGGACUUUGUUAAUCAUGACAAUGACCAUAGAAAUGCUCACUUUGAUAUUGAUCUUAGAACUAAUGAUAUUGUGCUCUAUUUAGAACUGGAUGAUAUUGACUCUACCGUAGAAGAAGCUCAAGUAUUUAUAAGCUAUGCUCCAGUGGAAGAGCUAGUCCAUUUUGAACAAAUUUAUGGAUUCUUACCCAAAUCCAAUAAUGUCCAAGUUUGGUGUUACAGAUUUGAUGAAGACUUCCUCAGUACUUACCACUAUAAUGGAAUCAAUGUCUCUCAUUUUUACAAAUGCAUGCGAGUGAGACCUUCGUUCCAGAUAUUGAUACUCCCAUCAGAAGUUCUAAUCAAUGAUUGUAUCGUUGAGUUCGGCGAACUCCUCAUUCUUUUCUCUCAACAUUUACAGGAUCCGAAAAAAAUCAGUUUCCAAUUAAGCGAAACGAACGACUCCUAUUGUUCUAUACUUAAAGAUAAAUGCGGAACCGAAACCACUAAGUUGCUCGACAAGGAAGAAUGUCUAGAAGAGUUUUUCGGAGAACAUGAUGAGAUAGAGAAUUAUGAAAAAACCUUAAAAGAAUUUAAGUCCUUCCUGUCCAAAUACAUUACUUUUCGUCGAGAAAAAAUCAGCUCCAUUAAUCUAUUGUCUCAGAACUCUUCUUUCACUGCAUUUUGGCAGAAAGAGAUAAACCUGUUAGACUCACUCAAAGGUCAAUUUGAAAGCAAGAAAGAAGUGAUGUGGUAUGAGAAAUACGGCAAUGACGAGAAGAUUAAGAUACCAACGGUGCCUUUCCCACCGCCAAGCUGGAUUGACUACGAGAAUAUGAGAGUAUGA